UAUUUUGGAGGAGCCCUCCAAUAUGGAAGAACAAGAAGCCCCACCACCACUUCCACCGCCACCUCCGCCACCACCGCCACCGCCGCCCACCAACCCUCCUUGUCUCUUCACACCUUCUAUUUCAUCAACCCUUCUGCCAAAUACGAAUUUGGAAAGCUUAAUGUCUUGUAAUUACAAUCAAAAUCAUAUCUUUGAACAAAAUGCUGCUGAAGCAUCUGUGAAUGUGGCCAAAUUUGCUUAUGAAGAUAAGAGCGAAAAUAUUAAGGAUAAAAGAAGAGGUGGUCGAAAUAGAAAAUCCACCAUUCCAAGAUUUGCCUUUCAAACCAAGAGUGAAGAAGAUAUACUUGAUGAUGGCUAUCGUUGGCGAAAAUACGGCCAAAAAUCUGUCAAAAAUAGCAAGUUUCCCAGGAGCUACUAUCGAUGCACACAUCACACAUGCAACGUGAAGAAACAAGUACAAAGGCUAACCAAGGAUGCGAGCAUUGUUGUGACAACGUACGAGGGAAUCCACAACCACCCGUGCGAGAAGCUAAUGGAAACUCUGAGUCCCCUUCUCAAACAAAUCGGGUUCCUCACUAACAGGUUCUAGUAAUUCGUGUCAACUACUGCAGCCGCAAAAUCUGCCAAUGUUUAGAGAACGUGUAUGUUUUCAACUUGACUUUGUAUGCUUUUGUAAUAUCUUAUAUAUAUCUAAUGAUAUUAAUUUGAAAUUGAA